GGUACAUUAUAAGACCACAACGCAGCCGCUAUCACGUGUCGAUCUUGAAGCUGCAUAUCAAUCAUUUGUUCGUGAUCAAGUUGCUCAACAAACAUCACGUCAUGAAUUGGAACGAUUUGUUCGGAGUAGUUCAGAUAUCGAUUCGGCAAAGCAUUACUUAGACAUGGUCAAUGAGCUUCUGAUCAAUCCUCAUCAGGUAUACUUGCAUAUAUAG